AUGGGGUUUGACAACGAGACCAACCAGACUCUUCCAGACGUGGCUCCUUACAGCCUCCGGAUCUCCCUGCCGCUCACUGUGCUGGUGGGAAUCAUGAUCUUGCUGACAGUGUUUGGCAACGUGCUGGUGGUCAUAGCUGUGUUUACAAGCCGGGCCCUGAGGGCUCCACAGAACUUAUUUUUGGUGUCUUUGGCGUCAGCGGACAUUUUGGUUGCUACCCUCGUGAUGCCUUUUUCCUUGGCCAAUGAGCUCAUGGGGUACUGGUACUUUGGCGAGGUGUGGUGUGAGAUAUAUCUGGCACUUGAUGUUCUUUUCUGCACCGCCUCCAUCGCCCACCUCUGUGCCAUCAGCUUAGACCGCUACUGGUCCAUCACACAAGCCAUCGAGUACAACCUGAAGAGGACCCCGCGACGCAUCAAAUGCAUCAUCUUCAUCGUGUGGGUCAUUGCGGCAGUUAUCUCCUUCCCGCCUCUUAUCACCAUGGAGAAAGAAAACAGCGAGGAGGAGCCUGUGUGUAAGAUCAAUAAUGAUAAGUGGUACGUCAUCUCCUCCUGCAUCGGCUCCUUCUUCCUCCCCUGCGUCAUCAUGGUCCUGGUUUACGUGCGGAUCUACCAGAUCGCAAAGAAGAGGACGCGGGCGCCACCGGGAGACAAGAGGCGGAAAGAUAUGCCUAAGACGGCGACUGUUGCAGCCGCAAACCAGAAGGAGAACGGCGUGGGCGCAGGUGACACCGAGAAGCUGAAUGGCGAGCGGGACAUCGAACUGAAGGAGAGGGUUGGAGGAGAAGGAGGAGCCGAUGAGGAGAAGGGCGAUGUCAACGGGUUGGACCUUGAAGAGUCAUCCUCCUCUGACCACAAAGUGAACAAUCCCUGCUCGAUCAAAAAGAAAGGGGCUAAGGGGAAAACCAAACUGAGCCAAAUCAAACCGGGGGAUGAUGGCGUCCCAGCGAGGGCAUCAAGCACCAAGGGCAGCCGCUGGAAGGGUCGACAGAACCGGGAGAAACGCUUCACCUUCGUCCUGGCCGUGGUCAUUGGCGUGUUUGUCAUCUGCUGGUUUCCCUUUUUCUUUACAUACAUGCUGAUGACGCUGUGCGAGUCCUGCCUGGUGCCCGACACCCUGUUCAAGUUCUUCUUCUGGUUUGGCUAUUGCAACAGUGCGCUGAACCCCAUCAUUUACACUAUAUUCAACAAUGACUUUAGGAGGUCGUUCAAAAAGAUACUGUGCAGGAGGGACACUAGAAGAUAUGUAUGAUGGAUUGGGCCUUUACGUACAUACUUUUUUUACUAUAUUGUACAUAAACUAUAAGAUACAUAGACCAAUUGUGCAUGGGUCACUGGCUUGUACGCUCUAGGCCUAAGCCCUGUAACAGCUUGAAAAGGUUUUCCCAGGAUGAGCUUUACGUGCAGCAUCUUUUUAAAACAUCCACC